AUGGGAAAGCUUAUACUUAUGCGGAGUCUUUUUUCUGUUGCAGUCAUUCUAUCGUUAUUCAAUCUCAAACAUGGCUUCAGAUUGUGCAGCGCGGGGGAGCCUGGUUAUUUGGACUUCGAUAACUUGCCAGAGACCAACUUUUCGUGUCAGGGGAAGGUGAUUGGCGGAUACUACGCGGAUGUUGAGGCUGGCUGCCAGAUGUUUCACGUGUGUACAAUCGGGCAGAAAGAUGAGAUAAUGGACAUAAAGUUCCUUUGCCUAAAUGGAACUGUAUUCGACCAAGAGACAAGAGUCUGUGAAAGAGUCGACGAAGUCGAUUGCAGCAAGAGCGAGCGGUUCUACAACCUCAACCUCGAGCUUUAUGGAAAUAAUGCCGUGACACUUAGUCUUCACGAGGUAGAAGACGAUGAAGAUUUCACGGAGCCUCAAGACGAUCAACAAGAGCCUUACAUGACGUCAGCUCGACCGAGUACGACGAGUACAACGACCACGACGACUUCUCGCCCUAGUCAACCGUCAACGACCUCAGCUAGCAACAAUUAUCAGCAACAUCCUACGGGAUAUCCACAACAUUUUCAACCUCGACCUGCUUUUCAAUCUGGUCAGACGGGUCAAUCUAAUUCUCACUUCGAUGAUAAGAAUGGUGGAUAUCAUCAUCAAUAUAUUUAUCACAAUGAUGAGAGGAACAAUAACCAAGCGACGUCUUAUCAACUGUUCAGUAAUCAAGGAGUUAGUUCUACGACGCCUACACCGCCUGUGCAUCAACAGGUUCGAUACAGUUCAACUGCUAACCCACAAGUGAUUCAUAAUGAUCCUUCAACAGCGUCACCGCUACAAUACCACGUCCAAUCAACAUCGUCGACAAUUCAAACACUCCUGAAUAGUAAUUCGAAUAAUCCUUCUUUGAUCAAUCCAUUGUUUCAUAAUCACGGAAUUGCCAGCACGACUGAACAAUUUAGCGUCCACAAUAAUAAUCCACGGGAGAUUGCUGAGUAUCAUGACGAUUCCGAAGAACAUGAAAAGCGGAGUGAGCGACGACCACUGGAGCCAGUGCAAUCGACCAAUAAAGGAAAGGUUUCGAAAUUAAUAAUAUCUCCAGUACCACAAUCGGAGGAUUCAUCAUCGACAAUACAAUCAAAAAAUGGUCAAGCAUCGCAACAACAAAGGAUAUCGAUCAAUUAUUUACCAACGCAGAAUCCAUCGCAAACCACCAUCAAUGGUUUUUUUUCCACUCAGCGGUCUACAUCUCAGAAACCACCGAAAAAUCUAAAUAAUCAAGUUACACAGCACAUACAUGUUCCACCUCCACUAUCUAUCCCUCAAUUGAAAACGCAUCAAAUAACUAUCAAUUUACCGCCACCAGAUAUUCAAAGAAUAGUACAAAAUCCAUCUCCUCUUCUGCCAUCUCAGUCACGAGUUAUUGUCACAGCAAAAGCAAGUGUAAGCGACGAAGCUGGAAGACCUUUAAACGCUAGUCAACUAAUUACACUUCCUUUGCCUACAAUCCCGUCUACUUAUGAUGAUUAUAAAGAAGGAGAUGAAUCAUUCGAUCCAUUUUAUAGAGAUGUUCCAAAAAUACGAAAUAAUCGACGAAUAAUAUUUAGACACAUAGAACCUCGUAUGAGAAAUUUCAGGAAGAAAAGAUCUAUUGAUGCUGAGGAAAAUGCUGGUAGUUCUGAAGAAAUAAUUUUUGAUGCAGAAAUAAAAGAUAUUGAAGAUUUAAAGUCAAACUUACCAAUUAUCAAAGCAAUUCUUUUUGGUUUGCCUAUACCAGAAAAUGAUGAAUCUGCACCGAGUACAGAAAAUAUUGAUAGCAAAAAUGUGAAUGAUAAGGGUUUGGAUAAAAAAACUCCAGUUACUCAUGAAGAUAGUGUCUCAUAUAAAAAUAUUAAAACUCAACCUAACCCAGUCAUUCAGCAUGCUUACGAAAAUAUACCGAGUAAAGUCAAUCAAAAAGACAAUCCCGAUAUGCCUAGGAACGUAGAAGCUCCUAAAAGUAGAACAAAAAAUUCUGACCUUCGAAGAGAAAAUAACAGACAAAAUUAUGGAUAUCCCAGAUUAACUUCGCGUCAAAGAUACACUAAUCUAGCGGCAGUUGAUCAUAAAAUGAUGGAUACUAAGUCGAAAGAUACUAUACAAUUGUUUCUACAUGAAGCCAUUGGGAAUAAUAACACUAUAUCAAGAAAUGAAAGCUCAUUGACACCGAUAGAUCUAAAGAAGAAAAUAAAUUCAACUGUUCAUAAUAAGACUGAUAAAAUCAAACAAGAGGUUUUAGAAACAUAUUCUUCCUCGAAUUCAAACAAAUCUAAUCGCAGAAAAAAUCUUAGUACCGAAUCGGCAGAAACAUCUGAAGAUCAUUUGCAACGGAGAAAUAGUCGUGUUAAUAAAAGAAAACCAUCUAGGUAUUACGAUGAAUAUGAUGCUAGUGAAAGCAUUGAAGUAGGAACAAAACAAAGAGUAAACAGAAUAAGGCAAAGACCAAAGGAAAGGCGUAUUGUGAAUUAUAGAACUGAUUAUAGAGACGAAGACGAUAUUGAAGAUGAAGAUUACAAUGAAGACAUAACUAGGAUUCGUAAAAAUUCAUAUCGCAGAGGAUCACAAGGCCGAAGAGUUUCGAGCAGAUAUCCUAAUCGUAAUUAUGAUUAUGAAGAUGAUAUCGAAAUUGCUGAAAAGCCUCGAAUGAGGAUGAAGACUAUUAGUACUUCAACUAGGUCAAAAGGUCGAUCUUAUUAUGAAAGCGAAGUUGAAAAUAGACGACAUAGGCCAGAAAGACGAAGAAAAAAUGAAAGAAGGCGUCCUUCAAUCACUGAAGAUGAAAUUGCACCUUACAAUAAAACAGAAGAAUUACGGUUAAAAAUGCUGAAAAAUGAAAGCCCUAAAAUAAUAGUUCAACUGAAUAAUGAGAAAAAUGAACCGAAAAAUCAAAAGCUAAUAAGAAACGGAUACGAUAUUUUGGAAAAGGAUGAUGAUUAUUUGGACCAAACUGAACAUUAUGUUGAUGAAUACAAUGAUCCAGUAGAAUAUGUUCCUAAUGAUUAUUUAGAUUAUGCAGAUUUGAGAGAACAUAGCAGAGGCGGAGUUAGUCGUCAACGUAAUCGAAACAGAUUUGACGACGACAUUGAACCGAUUCCACGCAAAAAAUCUCAUCGACGAAAUAAGAGUAGGAAAUUCAAUGAAGACGUCACUUUAGUUACUGAAAAGGAGUUCUCAAGUACUGAAUCUAUAACCCAAACUAACAUUGAAGAAACUACCACUAUUAUCUCUCCGAAUGAAUAUUCAGUAUCUGAUGAAAUUAUAACGUCACAAGAAUACGAUGAGUACACAACUGAGAAAGGGACAGAUAAAUCUGAUAAGGAUUCUGAAAAUAUAACACUUACAGUCGAAAUUUCUAGUACCGAAGGAAUUUUGAAGUAUACCGAUGAGUUACCUCGAUCAGACAAUAAGGAUGGCCAAACAAGAAGGAGGAAUGAAAUAGUUAAUACAACGGUAAAUGAAGAAGAUUACGUCGAUGAUAACUAUGAACCAGUGCAUUACGCUCAUAUAAACUUUGAUACAACUGAACCAAAAGUCAUAGAAGAACAUAAUAAUCCGAUGCAUACCAUUAACCAGCACCCACAUGUGCAAGUUAUACCUGAUAAAAAUGAAACAAAAGAUACAAUUAGUUUAAAUGUAGAUAGUAAAGAAGAUUACUAUGAAGCUUAUGAAGAUAAGAUAGAUAACACAACAUCUGAAUCAUUUUCUAAAGAAUAUGAUGAUAUAGAUAUGACUACUGAUACAAUUAGUACCUUCUCUACUACAGUUCCUAGUUCGAUUUCAACGACGCCGAUCUCUACUUCUUCAACAACAGCAACCACAACUACAACAACCACAACUACAACAACUACAACAACGACGACUACAACAUCUGCUCCUACAACUACAACUACAACGCCUACUUCUGCGACUGCAACGAGUAUAAGUACAACUACAAUUCCAGUUCCCUCUAGUACAUCAGUAACAACGAGGAAUAAAGCAACAUCAAAGUUUUUGAAACCUAUAUCUUUUAGAAAAAAUUAUGGUUACAAUACACAAUCAACGACGCCUAAUGCAGUUGUAAUAAGAAGAGGGCCGUCCAGUACAAAAGCAACCAAACUUCCUCCAAGUUACAACGAUAUUGGUGUAAAACCACUUAUUCGUAGAUUACCUUUAUUGUCAAGAACAACAACGACUACUUCCGAAGCUACAAUCAUAGAAGAAAAGUUACUUGAAGAAACUAUGACGCAAUUAGUCGAUAGUAAAAACAAGAAUUAUAACGAAAACAAUAAUCACGCUGUCAACAGAUAUUCGUCAUCUGCCGAAAAUGUUACUAAUUUUUCUGAAGCAAAUAGAAUUAAAAAUAAUGAGGUAACCACGGAAGAUUUUGGUUCCAUAACAGCAAAUAUCAGAGAACCAAUACCAACUACUCCUUUUUCCAUGAUAUCGCCGACAAUAAUUAAUCAAGUUUUGCAGUCGAAAGAUCAUCGGAUAACAAAUGAAAUACGUAGACAAAAUUUCGAGGCAAACGAUUCAAACAAUGUACCACAAAAACCAGACGAUUCGACAACAGAAACAUCGAAGUCAGAAUCUGAUUCAGUGACGAUAAGUCAACAGGUUUCCCAGUUAAAUGCUACAAUAAAAGCUACAAAUUAUAAAGCAUUAUACGUUCAAAGUACAACAGCAAGAACGUUUAGACCAUCAGAAAGACGGAAAUUAGAACUCACAUCGGUGAAAACACUGAUUCAAAAAACUAAUCAAGGUCCAAAGCAAGUACCUGGAUUUAAUUGUUUAGAGAAAGAAAUGUAUCGAUUCUAUGGUGACGUUAGGGAUUGUCGUUUAUUCCACUAUUGCUCUCCGGGUUUCACAGCUAGACAAGUUCUCGAUUUCCGAUUUGUUUGCGAGGAAGGUACGAUCUUUGACGAAGAAAGUCAGAGCUGUAAACAUGACGUGCCAAAUCCCAAAUGCGUUAAAAGAGUUUGGUGAAUGAGCAAGCCAAAAUUAGCAAAUUAUUUUCAUGGCUAGUUUAAUCAUCAAGUACGGUUGCACUUUAAAAAAAUCGAUUUUAACAGUGCAGUUUGAAUCAUGAAAAAAUGAAAUGAUUAUUUUCUUUAUUGAUUCAAUUUUUCAUAGAAAUCUUAUCGAUAUUUUUGUUGAUGAUGUUUUCAAAAGUUCUAUGGGAAAUUGAACAAACACGAAAAUGCAAAGAAUUGAUUAUUUAUUUCGUUGAUUUUGGUAAUUUGUGAAUCCUAGAUGACUUUUAGUGCUUAUUUAAAUGUCUUUACAUGACACGCGUUGUAUUAUUAAGUAAUGCCAUAACAUUCCUGUAUAAUUAUAUUAUAUUGCGGAUAAUGGAUUCACUCUUAUUAAAAUUAAUGAUAAUUCUCGUUUAAUGAAGUUUUGGCGAGAUUCAAAUUUCAAUUUUUAUAAUGGAAUGAUAUUUUACUAGUUUUCAUUAUUUAUGCAACUAUUAUCUAUGAAUGAAAUGUUUAGUCUUUAUUUUUGUACUCGUUAACUACGAUUUUAAGGAAAUCAAGGAACUCCCUUUGUCAUAUUUUCAUUGUUAUUAAUGAAAUAUGAAAGCUUAUAAAAAUUGUUAUCGUUCGAUCGUAUAACAUGACUGCAGAAAACGAACCUUGGAAAGGAGUCUCCUUAAUCUUGCCUUAGAAAAUAAGAUUGAUAGUCGAUUUAUAAAUUAUCAAUUUUGUCACAAGGAUAGUAAUAAUUUUAAAUUAUACUAGAAUAUAACUAAUUUGUAAUCACUCAUGCGUCAAAGUAUGAUUCAAGUGAAAUUGACAUCCACUAGUUCUCAUAAGUUGAAAAAAUUAUUGAAUCAAAAGUCGAUGAAAUCAUCGUAGUUUGUAAUUAUACAAUUAAUACCUCGUUUAAUAUCCCUGUUUCAUAUGAAUACUUUAAAAUUGCUGCUACGCAAAAUUUUAUCAGGUGAAUCAAUUAGCAAACUUCUUAUGUAUUUUGUCUAAUAAAAAUAAAUUCGAAUUCUUAAUAAAAUUGUAUAUAUGACAUAUUAUUACAUUUAUAUUUGUAAGCAAUCACACACAUACAUGUACUGUAU